UUUCCGGGGUGGUUCUGAAUUGUGUGUCGGGACGGGAUGGGAAUCGAAAUUAUAACUCUGAGAACUCUAUGACCUGGGGGUGGCUGAAAAGGGAUCGGGGAAGAUAUGGAGGGAAAAACUAAAUACUUGUCUAAUGGAAAUAAUAUAGGGAAAUAAUGAAAUAUUUUGGGAAAUGCGGCGGUGGGUUGGGCAAUAUGUGAAGGGGGAAGAAACAGUCACCGAGUCACGUGAUCCUGUUUCACCGCAGAUCGGUAGCAUCUGCGGGUUUGAUUCCGAUGCUCCGCCCAACGCCCGUGACGCAAUGAGCACAAUGCGCAUGCUCACAGUCCCGGGAAAGGCAGUGUUGUUUUUUCGUUCUUUGUGAAAGUUGGUUGGCGGUGUGUUCGGGAUUGGGAGGGGGUUCUCGCCCCUUUGGACGGGGAGCCGGAGGCGGAUUAUUCUCUGUGGGGCGACACCAACAAUUUUCCUUCGUUCAACCUGCGGUGAAAGUUCUAUUGGAAGAAAUACCCCAACUGGAAGCAAACCACAGCUGAAGACGGGAACAGCAACAAGUGAACCAGCCCGAGGACUGAGAGCAUCAACUAGAGAGAACGCUCCUGACUCAGUUUCCAUUGAUUCAGUCAGGAGAAAGUUUGGUUAAAAAUGACAAGGAAUUUGUCUACGGGAAUGUCUAACACAACACACACGUUUUGCUGUCUCUUUUGAUAUUUAAGAAGUGAAGCAAGGGAUUCACUCGAUUAUCCUUCCUGCUCAGACUGUGGCGAGGGAUUUACUCGGUCAUUUCAAUUGAAGGUACAUCAGCAAGUUCGCACUGGGACAAGGCCAUUCACCUGUUCUGUUUGUGAGAAAGGAUCCAGUCGUCUUCCCACCUGUGGACACACUAGGCAGAUCACACUGGGCAGAAGCUCUUCCAUCUGCUGAAUUUGUGGGGAAAGAUUCAUUUUGUCAUCUAACCUAAUGGCUCACCAGCGAGUUCACACCAGAGAGCGGCCAUUCACCUGCUCAGACUGUGGGAAGAGAUUCACUCGGUCAUCCCAACUGAAGGCACAUCAGAGAGUUCACACUGGAGAGAGACCAUUCACUUGCUCAGACUGUGGGAAGGGAUUCACUCAGUCAUCCGACCUACUCACACACCAGUUAGUUCACACUGGCGAAAGGCCAUUCACCUGCUCAGACUGUGGGAAGGGAUUCACUCAGUCGUCCGCCCUAAUGGCACACCGACGAGUUCACACUGGGGAGCGGCCGUUCACCUGCUCGAACUGUGGGAAGAGAUUCACUCGGUCAUCCCAACUGAAGGUACAUCAGCGAGUUCACACCGGGGAGAGGCCAUACACUUGCUCAGACUGUGGGAAGGGAUUCACUCGGUCAUCUAACCUAAUGGCACACCAGCAAAUUCACACCGGGGAGAGGCCGUUUACCUGUUCAGACUGUGGGAAGGGAUUCACUUGCUCAUCCCAACUGAAGGUGCAUCAACGAGUUCACACCGGGGAGAGGCCGUUCACCUGCUCAGAGUGUGGGAAGAGAUUCACUUGGUCAUCCCAAAUGAAGGUACAUCAGAGAAUUCACACUGGAGAGAGGCCGUUCAUCUGCUCGGACUGUGGGAAAGGAUUCAUUUGCUCAUCCCAGCUGAAGGUACACCAGUCAGUUCACACUGGGGAGAGGCUGUACACUUGCUCAGUCUGUGGGAAGGGAUUCACCCGGUCAUCUCAGUUACUGAGACACCAGUCAGUUCACACUGGUGAGUGGCUGUUCACCUGCUCAGACUGUGGGAAGGGAUUCACUGAAUCAUCUCAACUGAAGGUACAUCAGAGAGUUCACACUGUAGAGAGGCCAUUCACCUGCUCAGACUGUGGGAAGGGAUUCACUCGGUCAUCCGACCUACUGGCACACCAACGAGUUCACACCGGGGAGCGGCCAUUCACCUGCUCAGACUGUGGGAAGGGAUUCACUCGGUCAUCCGACCUACUGGCACACCAGCGAAUUCACACCGGGGAGCGGCCAUUCACCUGCUCAGACUGUGGGAAGGGAUUCACUCGGUCAUCUAAGCUGAAGGUACAUCAGCGAAUUCACACUGGGUAGAGGCUGAUCACCUGCUCAGACUUCAGGAAAAGAUUUUCUCAGCCAAAUCAACCAAGUAGGCAUCAUUGAGUUCUUACCGGGGAGUGUCCGUUCACCUGCUGUGAAUGUGGGGGAGAGGUCUCCAACUCUCAGUCAGGUGCUCAAGGCUUCCUUGUCAACAUCUAGUCUACUCAGAUCAUUGGGAUGUCUCGCAUGGAGGGUCAUACUUAUUUCACUGGUUAAAGUUUUCUUCCGGAGUGAUGAUUGAUUGUUCUGAGUUGGUCUAUCAUUUAAGUUUUCUGGUCUGUAUUUCUUAUCAUGAUUGCAAAUACACA